AUGGAGUCGAAAGAAUUCUCCACCGAGCCCCUUCGAUGGCCAGUCGAUGGCACCGAGUCAAAGGAGCUCGAUCUGGCUUAUAACUCGGUCCCCUUGCUCCCUCACGACCCUAAUGCUGCUAAAGAGACCGGCGUUACUGAAGCAAUGACCCUCUUAUACGGUCUCAACAGAACUCAACUGUACCUGGAGCGGCAGCCACGAAUCAAGCUUGCUGACGGGAGCGAGGACUCUAGCACUCUGGGUCGGUAUAAUAUACUGCAAUCGGAUGUUGUGACGAUGCUAUCAGGCGCGUUGAUGAUACUUCGGUGGAUUGGUGCUGCCUGGACUGGACCGCUAUGUCUGCGCGUCAUGUUCUUCCUUGCGGAACGUAACGGGGCCUACUUGAGGCAUUCCCAGAAUUUCUUGAUUGGGAUGGUUCUCUUAUUUACAUUGGCACCGUACCCAGCGUCACCGCUACUCACAGGUGCCAUAUCCUGGGUCCCCAAUAGCUCUACUCUAAAGCCUUCAGGGUCUUUGUCGAGUUACACUAUCGCAUAUACGGGACUGUUAUCGGAUACCAUUAAGCAAGUUGGUUGGGACUCGUACGACUUUCAUGCCAGCUAUGCCUAUAGCGCCAACUUCCGGAGUUUCUUAGUGAAGAAUUUGAACUUGCCUUGGGGCCAGAAGGUUGAAGAAUAUGUUUUUAAACGUGUUACAAGCUCUGUCGCCCGUCUGGACGUCAAUAGCACGGUCGAUAGCAUCUUUCUACCGUAUUUCAUAGUCAAGAAAAUCGAAUGGCUCUCAGGACCUGACAAUUACUUGAACCAAACAUACAACGAGAUGGUAAACCGUUCGGAUAUUUACCCUAACUUCCAUGAUGUGAUGUCAGAACCUCGGGGAGCCGCAUUAAUGGCUAACCUCAGACCUGAUGGUAGUGCCAACAUAACACAAACCUGGUCACUGCUUAUCAACGUCCAGAUGGACCACAUCAGAAGCUCCCCAUCCAUUCGCUGCAGCAACUGUACUUUUAUAGCCCAAAACACCACCAUACCUACCUUUGGAUACGCUCUAAAUCAGACAAAGGUUGGCGAUGUUAUUUACGAGUUGUAUGGCUGCUUCGCCUACGCCAAAAUAUCUUUUGAGGCAGGCGUUGGGCUGUGUCGAAAUUGUCGCGUCAGCGCAUUCUCCACGGUUCAAAAUGACACGGCAAUGGAGUGGCUAGAGGCAGGGCCGCCAGUCAAUGGCGCCGUGCUUGAAAUACCCUUCAUAUAUAUGGUAUUACAAGAUAUGUACAAGUACCUGCCUGCCAUCGCGCCGCUACGAGAGUCACUUCCGGAUCCAACCAGUGACCUCGAAACUUACAUCAAGGCGUUGCUCACCCGCUGUUACUCGAGUGUUUGGAACUCAUGGACUGAUUCCAUUUCAAGUGACCUUCCGCCACUAAAUUCAAGUUACGCCCCAGCACUUCCAACACUUCAAGCGAGCGUUAGCUCCACUCGAGUCUACGCGUGGCUCGUCCUCCACUUACUUGCCACACUCGCGGGCACGAUAUUCUUAUAUCUUGAAUUAUCAUCAAAACACCUACUCACGGGUGAUACACGUAUGGUUAUGUUCGACAUUGAUAGCACCGAAGUGCCUGUACCUAACAGGAAAGGCAAGUCCGGGAAGGAGGAGCUGCUCGGAAUUAAGCCAGAUGAGGAUAGAUGGAAAGACUUCUUCGAACCGGGCGACGACGGCCCCUGCGAUCGCACCUCGUCAUGUCGACGCAUGCACCGGAGAAUAUACGCCUACCUACACCUACAGCCUCAGAGCAUGAACCCCACCUGCACGACAGUCACACCAACGUCGUUCGAGCAACGCAUCAUCACCUCUUCAGAUAUACCAUUGCCGCCUCCCCGUCAGCCCCGUCAGCCAGCACGACCACCCAUAAGCACCCGAAUCAGGCGUGCGCUUGGUCUUGCCACUCCUAAAGCAUCGCUGGCCUGGCGCUUGGGUUUUGGCACCUCCGAGCUCAUUGUCAUAGCAGUCUUGCUCGGGCUUUCUUCCCGACCUGAUAGUGUUCCCCCCGAUGGGCGGCCAUUGGUCGAUGGAGGGUUUGGGAUGAGCCAGUGGCAGGCGUGUGAUCGCCCAUUAGGCGCUUGGAAUAUUGUUUGGGCUGUCAAGGCGUUUUUAGGGUUGGGCAUGGCAUGGUGGGAUACGGAUCAAUUACUUGCUGUGGAACGUGCGAGACUCAGCCGUGAAGUUCGACGUGUAAGGAGAAAUAAUUUAAACUCGGGGAGAAUGAGAUCAGCGCCAAAUUCUCCAACAGGCCCAACAUCUCCCAACGGACCGAUAGCUUCUCGCUCUCUCCCUCAUCAUUGGACUAUGGGCGCUGGUAGAGAGGAAGAUUUAGAUAUGAUCGACGCAACGAUGAGUGGUUCCCCUCGGUCUAUCGAAAUCGUACAAGGAAUGAGGAGGAUCAGAGAAAGGCGAGAACAUGAGGAGCGUUGGUAUUCACGAUGUUCAUCCUUCCAAGUCCUUUAUGGAUUGGUCUGGUUUGUUACCGCCAAUAUACUCCUAUAUGGGUCAAUCGCCUCAUGUCGAUACACUUCUCCUUAUAUUUGGUGGCUUACUUUUGCUCUCCUGUGCCUUGGAUAUUUGGUUGUCGCCGAGAUGCUUUUGGUAGCAUUAGUAGUAUUUGUGAUUGGUCCGUUAGUUUACGUUACUAUCAACAUAAUUUUGGUAUGCAUGGGCCGUAACCCAAUUCGACCCGGAGGCCGAAUGGGUCUAUCAAUCCUGACAUACCUAAAAUGCCACGCACAAUGCCACAGAGCCACAGAGCCAACAGCGCCCGAGCCCGCGCAUGUAUACCCUCCAGCCACCUCCGUGCCCACACCCACCGCUCCCAAACGUCGAUUUUUCUUUCUCAAAAAGAAACCGAAAAAGUCCAACACGGAUCAGAGCAAGAAUCAACCAGACGAUGUGGAAGCCGCCGAGUGGGAAAAGAACGAGUAUCCUUUUGUGAAGCUCGAAGCGAACCGGGCGGCUUGUGCUAUUUGUCUGACGGACUUUGAACCUCCGAGAAGGGUUGGGGAGGACGGAGAAAGUGCGGCUGAACCGUUGCGGUUACUGGCGUGCGGACACGUGUUUCACAAAGAGUGCCUCGAUCCGUGGCUGGUUGAUGUGUCUGGUAGAUGCCCGACGUGCCAACGACCGGUCGAAGAAGGAGAUUUGAACCCCGAGGAAGGAGCCAAGAAGAAAAAACGUCGCUGGGGUCGUGGGUGA